AUGAACGUUCAACAGAUGGUGUCGUUAGCAAUUGAAGUGAAGUGGCCUUCGGUUUCACGUCCCCUCACCCUUGAAAUUACUCCUUGGCAUCCUCCGUUGCCAACACAAACAACAUGCUCCGUGUCACCACUAAAAGACACUGUUGGAACACGUGAGGUUGGUAACGAAUGUGCGACUUCAUUUCCAAUCAUUAUUGCAGGGACUGAGGAUGUUGAGCGAUUUGAUUUUGUGGAUUUAACAGACGAUACUGAUGGUGCGCGUUUACGAAAUGAUUUUGACGGUGUUGGUGCAAAAUUGUUAAGCGUCGAUAAUGGUGCAGACGAGAAGCCAGAAAGCUGA